CGUGCAGCAUCUCCUACUGCUUAACAGGGCUACUAGCACUAGCUAUGAUGCGCAGCCGUUGCUCCGUAGAGGCCAAAACAAGCGGAUUUGCUACCUAGCUCCCCACCGUACUUCCUGCUGGAGGAACGGGAAGUGGAGCGGCCGCGAGCGUGCUCCUGCCAGCACUCCUGUUCUGUUGUCUGCUGCGCCUCUGCCUGGGCAUCUGCCGUAGCCAGUGCAAUGCAUCUGACUGCAAGAGCCUGGGGUUGGAGUAGGUGGGUGCUCCCUUGCAACCGGCGCUCCUGCAUCGGUCCCUGUAGCAUCUCCUGAGGAGAGGAGCUGGGAAUGGCAAAGCUGUGAGUUUCCCCGUAGCCUUCCUUUUUCUGCCAUUUCCUAUAGUCCAACCAGGGGCACCCCUGCAGCACCCCUACUAGGAAAGAAGCCGGGGCAGGCAUCCAGUAGCUGCAGCAAGGUGCCCGCUUGACCUUUGCAAACACAGAGCCUGGGUAAUGUGAGCAAAAGCCCCAACUGUGCUUUUGUCUGGCUUGAGGCAGAGGGGGUCGCUCAGGAAUCAGACGGACCACGGCAGCCGCCAGGAGCUCUGUAUGCCAGAGCGAAGCACCUGCUACGAGAGAGCAAAUAAGCCAAAUCAUGCGGCUGGCAACCAAGCUUUACGUGUUCCUUCCCCGUGACCCACUCGAAGGAGGAAGCUGAAAGCUGCAGCUCAGCUGCUUGCUGUUUCCAUUCCAGCCCAAUGCAGGGGAAUAAAUAGCUUUUCCCGUGAAGCCGACAGCCUCCUUGCUAGCUCCACGCUCCCUGUGGAACACGGAGACUCGCCCGGGAGCAGCCUAUGCCUGGCUUAAAAACCCAAAGGAUCCCCCAGACAAGUAGCUCCAGGCUCCUUCUGCUAUGGAGAGAGAGAUCCCCGUCUUCCGAGUUAGGUCCCAAUUAAUGGAUUCUGACAUGGAUUAUGAGAGGCCAAACGUAGAAACUAUCAAGUGCGUCGUGGUUGGGGACAACGCCGUGGGCAAGACCAGGCUCAUUUGUGCCCGUGCCUGCAAUGCCACGCUGACCCAGUACCAGCUUCUCGCCACCCACGUGCCCACGGUCUGGGCCAUCGACCAGUACCGCGUUUGCCAGGAGGUGCUGGAGCGCUCGCGAGACGUGGUGGAUGAUGUGAGCGUGUCCUUGCGACUCUGGGAUACCUUCGGAGACCAUCACAAAGACAGGCGCUUUGCUUAUGGCAGGUCAGAUGUUGUGGUGCUGUGCUUCUCCAUUGCUAACCCCAACUCCCUACACCACGUGAAGACCAUGUGGUACCCCGAGAUCAAGCACUUCUGUCCCCGAGCACCCGUCAUCCUCGUGGGCUGCCAGCUCGACCUUCGCUAUGCUGACCUAGAGGCAGUCAACCGAGCCCGGAGACCCUUGGCUAGACCCAUCAAGCCCAAUGAGAUUUUACCCCCCGAGAAGGGGAGGGAAGUGGCCAAGGAGCUGGGCAUCCCCUACUACGAGACCAGCGUGGUGGCUCAGUUCGGUAUCAAGGACGUCUUUGACAACGCCAUCCGGGCGGCCCUCAUCUCCCGCCGGCACCUGCAGUUCUGGAAGUCUCACCUCCGUAACGUCCAGCGGCCGCUGCUCCAGGCUCCUUUCCUGCCCCCGAAGCCCCCGCCGCCAAUCAUCCUGGUGCCAGACCCUCCUUCCAAUAACGAGGAGCGCCCGGCUCACCUGCUGGAGGACCCACUGUGCGCAGACGUCAUCCUGGUGCUGCAAGAGAGGAUCAAAAUCUACGCACACAAGAUCUACCUCUCCACCUCCUCCUCCAAGUUCUACGACCUGUUCCUGAUGGACCUGAGCGAGGACGACCAGCAGGGCACGGCAGGGAGUGGCGCAGGAGCCACCGUCUCCACUGCCGCCGAGCGGGUGCUGCACCAGGAGGAGAGGCACCACGGGCGCGACUUCCUCCUGAGAGCCGCCAGUUUUGACAUCUGCGAGAGCGCCGAGGAGGCCGGCUCCGGCCAGCGAAAACCGUGCCUUAGAGCGUCCACCAGCGACGGGAUCCUAAGGGGCAACAGCUAUGAGAACGGGGAGCGGGGGCUGCGGCGGGGGAGAGACCUCUCCUCCUGGAGCCGGGCUUUUGUCAGCAUCCAGGAGGAGAUGGUGGACGACCCUCUAACCUACAAGUCCAAACUUAUGGUGGUGGUGAAAAUGGACCCCUCCAUUCAGCCGGGGCCCUUCCGGGCUGUGCUCAAGUACCUGUACACGGGGGAGCUGGACGAGGAGAGGGACCUCAUGCACAUUGCCCACAUAGCGGAGCUGCUGGAGGUCUUCGAUCUCCGGAUGAUGGUGGCCAACAUCCUGAACAACGAGGCGUUCAUGAACCAGGAGAUCACCAAAGCCUUCCACGUCAGGAGGACCAACCGUGUGAAGGAGUGCCUGGCCAAGGGGACCUUUUCUGAUGUCACCUUUAUCCUGGAUGACGGUGCUAUCAGUGCCCACAAGCCCUUGCUGAUCUCCAGCUGCGACUGGAUGGCUGCUAUGUUCGGAGGUCCCUUUGUGGAGAGCUCUACCAAGGAGGUGGCGCUCCCCUACACCAGCAAGAGCUGCAUGCGGGCCGUGCUCGAGUACCUGUACACGGGACAGUUCAGCUCCAGCCCAGACCUCGACGACAUGAAGCUCAUCAUCCUGGCUAACCGGCUGUGUCUGCCGCACCUCGUGGCUCUCACAGAACAGUACACGGUGACGAGCCUGAUGGAGGCAUCCCAGAUGAUGGCAGAUAUCGACGGGGAUGUCCUCGUGUUCCUGGAGUUGGCUCAGUUCCACUGCGCGUACCAGCUUGCAGACUGGUGCCUCCAUCACAUCUGCACCAACUACAACAACGUCUGUCGGAAGUUCCCUCGGGAUAUGAAGGCCAUGUCAGCAGAGAACCAGGAGUACUUUGAGAAGCACCGCUGGCCUCCAGUGUGGUACCUGAAAGAAGAGGAUCACUACCAGCGGGCCAAGAAGGAGCGUGAGAAAGAAGACUACCUCCACCAGAAACGGCAGCCCAAGAGGAGAUGGCUCUUCUGGAAUGCCUCCUCCUCCCCUUCGGCCUCCCCUUCCUCAUCUGCAGCCACAGCCUCCUCCUCGUCUUCCUCCUCGUCCUCCUCCGCUGUAGUUUGAAAGCCCCCUCAUCUUGGCUCCAGUGAGGAAGAGGGGGCCGAGUGCCCUGCAUCAGUGUCUGGUCCGCCAUGCUUGGAGAAGACACCACCAGCUAAGCCCCGUGGCAGAGAAAGAGAGGUCGUAGCAGGGAGGGCGAGUACCAUACGGGGGGGCUCAGGAUCCAGAGCUCCUGGGCCUGGCUGGGAGCUCUCCGGGACCCUGACCCCUUCUGUAGCUGCUCCGCUGGAGACGUGCAAGGUGGCUGCUGAGCGCUGUGCCCCAAGCAGGCUGCUGACAUGCUAGAGACUUGGUGGAGUUUCAUCAGCAGGAGAAACUCAGUUUACAGGAGCACGACAGAGGAGGGAUUUUUUUUAAACUCUUCAGCAAAAGUGAAAUUCUUCCUGAGUCCAUGUUAUUUUUUUAACCAGGAGUCACAGGCUCAUCUGCUUUGCCUGAUGGCUUCCGACUCCUUUCCCCCACUUUGCGUAUGGUUCAGAGCCCAGCAGAUCCCAGUCCUGUCCUGUCCCCUCCCUUGGAGCUAGUCAGGGAGCAGCUCUACCCCUUUGCACUUACCGCCCUGGCUCUGAACUUGCAGACGGUUGCUUGGGCAGGGUGCAUCCUAAGCCCACGCAAGUCCAACCUCAGUGAAGACCACAGGAGGGAUGCAGACAUACGGCAGGUGCAGCGCUGCUCUUCGACUCAGAACUGAGCUCCUUGGUGCAGGUGGGAGUCGAGUCAUGGAGCAGCUAACCCCACUGCCCCCAUCCCAGGCUUCUGCCCUCCUCCCUGCUUCAAGUAUGGGCAGCGGGAGCAGAAGGGAAAGCAGUCAACACCACAAGGGCCUACCCCAGUUCCCAAUCGGGUCAGCCUGCAGCGUCUCCCCCUAAGCAAGGAGAGUUAGAGGCAAGGGCAUUGCUUUUUUCCUUUCCCAGUUCAGAAGGACACUAGGGGCUGGGCUGCUUCUGCAACCCUGGGGAAUCCCAUAGUCUGAAUCUUUUUUUACACACACGAAAUAAGCAAAGAAAGAAAAGACACAAACCCAUGAAACCAACCCUACUACCAAAACACCCAGUUGGGAUUUUAGCUCAGAAGGCUCUGUUGUAAUAAACGGUAUUUUAAAAGAC